ACUGACGCAUGCGCAAUACGUGUUGAGCAAUUCGGCGCUGAAAAGGAAGGAGCCUACUUUUGUAGCGAUACAACCGGAGCCGCGCCAGCGAGGGGAUCCGCGGUAUUCAUUAAAAACGGCGUGUAACGAGUGACUCUGCUUUUGAGCAUCGCGACUAAGCGCAGAGAUUGGACCAUGGCUGACAAAGAGGUGUACGAUGAUGCGGUGGAAGAAAGGGUCAUCAAUGAGGAGUACAAGAUCUGGAAGAAAAACACACCGUUCCUGUACGAUCUGGUGAUGACUCAUGCGCUGGAGUGGCCUAGCCUUACGGUCCAGUGGCUUCCAGAUGUCAACAGGCCGGAGGGGAAGGACUAUGCCGUUCACAGGCUGGUUUUGGGGACCCAUACAUCAGAUGAGCAGAACCACCUUGUGAUCGCCAGCGUCCAAGUACCAAACGAUGACGCCCAGUUCGAUGCCUCGCACUACGACAGCGAGAAAGGAGCAGAGUUUGGUGGAUUUGGUUCCGUCAGUGGGAAAAUUGAGAUCGAGAUCAAGAUCAAUCACGAGGGAGAGGUCAACCGAGCUCGGUACAUGCCACAGAACCACUGCAUCAUCGCCACCAAGACACCCACCUCUGACGUGCUGGUCUUCGACUACACCAAGCACCCUUCAAAGCCAGACCCCAGUGGGGAGUGUAGUCCUGACUUACGACUGAAAGGCCACCAGAAAGAAGGCUACGGCCUCUCCUGGAAUCCCAACCUCAGCGGCAACCUCCUCAGCGCCUCCGACGACCACACCAUCUGUCUGUGGGACAUCGGGGCCGGCCCAAAGGAGGGGAAGAUUGUGGAUGCCAAGACCAUCUUCACCGGCCACACGGCGGUGGUGGAAGACGUCUCCUGGCAUCUGCUCCAUGAAUCGCUGUUCGGCUCAGUGGCCGACGACCAGAAACUGAUGAUAUGGGACACCCGGUCCAACACCACAUCCAAAGCCAGCCACGCAGUGGACGCCCACACCGCAGAGGUCAACUGUCUGAGCUUCAACCCGUACAGCGAGUUCAUUCUGGCCACCGGUUCUGCUGAUAAGACUGUCGCACUGUGGGAUCUCAGGAACCUCAAACUGAAGCUCCACUCCUUCGAGUCCCACAAGGAUGAAAUUUUCCAGGUCCAAUGGUCCCCUCACAACGAGACGAUCCUCGCCUCCAGCGGAACCGACCGGCGCCUCAACGUCUGGGAUCUCAGUAAAAUCGGGGAGGAGCAGUCGGCAGAAGAUGCUGAGGAUGGCCCGCCUGAGCUGCUGUUCAUUCACGGCGGCCACACGGCAAAGAUCUCCGACUUCUCCUGGAACCCCAACGAGCCCUGGGUCAUCUGCUCCGUGUCAGAGGACAACAUCAUGCAAGUCUGGCAGAUGGCCGAGAAUAUCUACAACGACGAGGAGCCAGACAACACCCCCGCAUCGGAGCUGGAGGCUCAGGGCUCAUAACCCGGCUCUGCAUCAACCCCCACCUCUCCACCCCCCGCUCCCCCACCCCUUCCCAGCCCGUUGGUCCCCUCCCUUGCUUAAGAGUGCAAAAAAGUAAAAAAAAAAAAAAAAAUCUGCCCUCCACACGGACGAACAUUGUUGAAGAGGUGGAGGCCGUGUGGACCCCUCGGAGUCCUUCUUACCCGCCCCCGCGGCCCAGGUACCAACGGCACUUAGAAGUAAGGAUGAGAGUUGAAAGGUCGUACCCGCUCAGGUAGGGGUCUCUUGGCGCGGGGUCGGGCCAGAUGGCCGUGGACUCGCCAUGCCACGCGCAUAAAGGGCUCAUGGGUGUCAUUUUAUAUUUUGACUUGUAAGUAUACGGAAAGCCACGAGCUAGUCGACUCAACCUCCACAAACCCAUCGCUAAAGUGCAAACGCCAACCAAGAUGGCGGCUGUCCGCCUCCUGAUCAUAAGGUACUUAAACUCCCCAGUUUCUGGUUGAGGGAAAGGCGUGGGUCUGAAUUAGUGCACUUGAGGGGGAAGAAACAAAUCCAAACGGGUUCCUCUUUCUGUUACGUAAUGUGAAAUUGUUUCCUGCACCACAAAUUGCAAUAAAACUUUUAUAACUUUUCAAAGAA